AUGGGGGGUUUUGGUACGGAACUCUUUAAAAGAAGCAGAGGUGGUGGGGGUGUGGGAGAAGGGGGCCGUCAGGGUGGGUGGAAAUAUAAAGGAAAACGAGGGAAAAGGAGAAAAACGGUGAAACAGGGCGGGAUGGGUGGGGACGGGAGAUUUGGGGUGGGGGGGCGGGGGUCUGGUGGUCUGGGGUGUAGUGGGGGAGUAGAGGGGGGUGAGAGGGAAAUGCGGACAGACUGGGUGGACAAAGAAAAGGGAGGGGUUAAGGGAAGGAAGGAGAUGGAAGGGGUGUUCAGAAGGAGGGUGUAG